AUGGCGACUCCGAGGAAGCCCGCUGGCUUGUUGCUCGUUCUUUGCCUGGUUCUCUGCGCCGCCGCCGGCCACGCCCGAAGCCUCUGGUCGCCCAUCGGGGGCAGCGGUGGUGGCCGCUGUGAGGAGCUGUACGUGGCGGAGGAAGGGGAGACGCUGCAGACGAUCAGCGUGAAGUGCGACGCCGACUUCAUCCUGGAUGAUAACCCCCAUAUACAAGAUACCGACGACGUUGGCCCUGGGACCGUUCUGUUCAUCAGGCCGAGCAUUUGA